CAUCUCUCUCUGGCCCUGCACCCUGAUAAAAAGAGGCUCACCCUGCACGCCCCCUCCCCUGUCCCCAAUAUCCAUCGAUGCCUCAUCCCCGCCCAUCCUCCCAGCCAGCCAACAAUUGCUCUUGUCGCUGCGAGCGGCAGCCCCACUCAUGAGAGCAGGACACCGAGCAAGGAAACGAAGAGCUAAAGGGGAUAGAUACAAUGGACGCCGGGGAGGUGACGCCGCCGGCACACUUGUCCACCAGGCCGACGCUGGGGUUCCCUCUGGGGACGGCGCUGCUGCUCGUCGUCAUCUUCUGCCUCAGCGGCGUCUUCUCCUGCUGCUACCACUGGGACAAGCUCCGCUCCCUCCGACGCCGCCACGGCCGCACCUCGAAUCCCGUCCAGCCGGCCGAUGACCAUCACCAUCAGCAUGCUCCGAGCUCCAUGCCAUCCCCGCCUGCCAAGCUCCUCUCCAAACUCCAGGUAAAUUACAAGCAGGAAAAAGAUGAAAGCUUGCCGGUUAUAAUGCCUGGGGAUCGGAUACCAAGGUUCAUGGCGUGGCCUUGUCCCUGUGAGCCUUCUUUGGCCACAACGGAAAGAAUGGUGCCUCCGCCCUCAAUUCCCUCCCACCCUCCUCCAUCGCUUGUAAAUUGAAGAGUGGUAUGUAUAGAUAUUUUUUAUCUUUUGUCUCGAACACGUGUAUUUUUGCGAGUCUGUCUUUGCGGACUUAUCAUACUUUAUGUUCUUGAGUA